UUUGACCACGCCUGUGAUGCUGUUGGCUUCAGCAGCAGAGUGUGUAUGCGCUGAUGGUGGACCGUUCACGGUCAUAAACACCGUAGAUCUGCUCCGUUAAAAUGCCUCUCAGCUGCGCGUAAGCUGACCGAAAUUCGGCGAAGGGGAGAAAGCCAGGUCUCCGGACGGGUUUCGAGGAAAAUACCAGCAGGAUGUUGCAAGUUUUAGCUUGUGGCGUUGUAGUUUUCCCCGGUCUUUUCCUCGCUUUCAGGAGAAUUCUGCCGAGUGUGUUCAAACACUGGAAUGAUGCCGAUGUGGUGCUGGUCAGUGAGAGACUGGUGUCGUCCAUCCAUGCUCUUAUGGCUACCACAGCAGGGGUCAUUGUUGUUGCAUCGUGUCAAGGCAACGUUAUUUAUGACAGGCACUGGCUGGCCACCCAUUUUGUCAUCUGGUACGGAGUCCCCUACAUGACAUACGAUAUCUUCGCUAUGUACCUCAGUCACUACUACCGCUACCGCGUCAAAGGGCACGAGGACUACAAGCAGCAUUCGCUGAGGACCAUAAACUCCUUCGUCCGGAGAGAGUUUCUGCUGGUGCUGCAUCACAUCGCGCUGCUCACCAUCCUUCUGCCCAUCACUCUGUUCUUCAGAAAGGACCAGGGGGAUUUCUUUAUCGGCUGCUUGUUUCUGACAGAGCUCAGCACCACCUUUGUCUCCCUGGGGAAGAUACUUAUCCAGCUCGGCCUCCAGGAGUGCUGGAUUCACAAGGCCAAUGGCGGUAUGGUACUGCUUACCUUUUUCAUGUGCCGCAUCGCCCUCUUCCCCUUCAUGUACUGGAUGUACGGCCGGCACUACGGCAUCCCUCUCUACGGUGUGCCCUUCCACCUGCCUCUUUCCGCCAACCUGGGGAACUUGUGCAUCCUGGCACCACAGGUCUACUGGUUCGUGUUGCUUUGUCGAAAGGGCUACCGUCUGUACCAGCGAAGCCGCGGGGCGCAGUCGCCCCCCGCCGCUCCUGUCACUGACGGCUCAAAAGAUGAUUGAUGUCCAGUCCGGGGCUGCUACCUCAAGCUGCGCUCAGCUUCUAAGUCAACCCUACUGUUGUACUGUAGUACACCAGGAUUGCCUGCUGCUGUCCUACGAUUCCUGGGCAUUUCUCUACACUUUAACUCCUCUGUUAUAAACCUGAUGCCUCCACGGACCUCUCCUCCACCAAUCUAAUGCUCUUUCUGAACUUUAUUCUCAUUUUUGAUUGGACUCUGGCUUGGAUCUACAUCCGCAGUAUGAAGGAACGUUGUACCCGACUCGCUGAGAGUGAGACGAGCUUCUGUGGAGAGGCGCUAUCUUAUCUCCCACCUUCUGUUUUUACAGCUGCUGCUGACCAAGAAGGUUUGUUACGGUGAGCUGCUGUUACAAAAAGAAGUAAUUAAGUUGAUGGUUCGGUUUCACCUCCGUUCUUUCACCUACAGCAUCUGGCGAAGGAUGAAUGAGAUGCAUGUUCAGGCAGUAUUAGCAGGGUGAUCAAAACUUCUCAUUGCACCUCACCAGUCUGCCACAACUUUUUAUUUUCCAAACGUCAUGGCGUCCGUUAUAAAUCGCCACUUGCAACACGGCUGUCGAGGUGUCCUCUGAGUGUUUUGGUUCUUUUAAGCAAGGUUAAACAUUUCAAAACUCCAGCUUGUUCUCAGCGUCUUAAUUUUAGAAUUUAGGUUUUUACUUUAUUUGAGUUGCUAAAUAAGAGCGAGCUCUUAGUUUAAAGGUUUUGUAGAAUAACGGCCAAGUGAAGUGAAGUUCUCCUUUUAAACAACUGCUGUGCUUUUAAAUGUGAUUAUUGUUGUUAUUUUAGUGGUCUGUUGGGAUCACACUGAAGGUCUGCAGCUAAUGCGCCCAAAGCGGGGGUCGAUGCAGGGCUCGUGGACACGAUGGUUCUCACCUGAGGUGGAGGCCAGGCCAGCGUUAAAUGGUGGCCAACGUAAUUAUCAGCGGUGUUGGAAAACGUGAGUUUGCAGGGAAGUGGGUUAUUUUGUCUGGUUGUGGCUGUUGGUGAGCAGUAGGAGGCGGAGUCAUUCCAUCAUGAAUAAGCACGUAAAAUCCACGUUAACGAAGUGCAGAGGACCGCUUAAGCGUUCCCUCAGACGCCUCUGUGGGAAGGUGGGUGAAAAUUUGCAGAUUUUACUUAAAAUUUUUGGCAAUUUUUUUUUCUCAUUUUUUCAUCAGCUUCCCUUGAAAUUGUCUCUGAUUUAUUUAUUUAUUUAUUUAUUUUUGCACGCUCAGGCUCAGAAACUAAACUAAGGUCCGGUUGUCACGGCAGGAUAAAAAAAUAAAUAAAAAGACCCCACGUGUGAUGAUAACACAAUCGUGUUUUGGUCCUACGGUGUGUGGUGUGCAGCAACACGGUCAAACACGAUUUAACUCUCAAACAUUCCCAGAUAAGACAGGAAAUCUCUCACAACCUCUCCAGAUCAACCGUGACUUUGUAGUAAACCAUCAUGGCGUAGGAGGGGCGUGCUUCUGGCACCUCACCUUCUGAUUGGCUACACGGCGCAUUCAACUGGUAGCACGGGGUUUUGUCCGUGGCAGACCACACACCCAGUGACAUCAGUCCAACACGAUUCAACGUGUUUGAUAUCGACAUUUAUGAUUGGAUUGGUCCAACGUCCUGAGAAGGCCAGAGCUCUUAAUUUACCACGCACUGAAGAGUAUCUGGUAGAACUUUUCAGGCUAAAAUAUCAGCAUGGUUAUCUUUGUGUGUGCGCCGGGCUUAAAUUACUCUGCAAAGUUUUAGAAAAACGAGUUAUUUCCAAAUGUUCCAACAUGUUCAAAGUUACAAAUCAACAUGAAGGGAAGGCCGUCCCGGCCAUUUUGGGAACUGCUUUGUGAAUGUCAUUCAGUUUGUAAACAACGGUCACCGCCCAGCGAGACACUGAUCUAACCGUUACCGUGGUUACGGUUUUAUCAAGCACUUAACAAAUAUCUACAGUCGGUCACAUUUAGAGAAACCAUCUUAAACAGACCAGAGAGGACCAGUGUGAUCCGAAAGGCCUUUGUGAAAGUUUCAUGUUUCACUUUUACUCCUUUUGUAUCACAAAAAAGUCUAAAAUACUUAGUUACAAUGUUGAUUCAGAGUUAUUUCAACAUAAUCUAUGCAAAAGAGCCUGUGGUGCAUGCUUAUGAUGCAGUUUCGGGUCAAAAAGUGACCCACACCACCUCCGACGAAGGCUGGUUUUACUUUCUUUGUCACAUUUUAAAUGGUGUUGCGUUUCAGCAUUGUGCUUUCGCCACCGUUGGGACUUUAGUUCAUGAUCUUGUAACUCUGUAAAUAAUAGUACUGUUAUCUUUUUUAAUGCAUCUGGUGACAUUUGCAGCUCAGCUGGCAAAAAUGCAUUCUAAUACUUAUCAGCAGCAAUGACUAAUGGGUUUUAUCUGGUGGUUUUACCUCGCACCCUGUUUUGUUUUCCAACUCUGUUGUCUGUGAUAUUUAUGAAUGCUGGAACAGUAAAAAUAGCAUAAGUUAAGGUAAUCGGCCACAUUCAGGCAUGGUUAUGAGGGUUGUUGGGUAUAAGCUACUAGGCAGGAUGGGCUCAAAAGGCUCCAGCGUCUACAUGAUGGAUGGGAUCAGAGUAGCGUUUCACAUCAGAAACCCCUACAGAUCCAACUUUUCUGCUUCUCACAUACGAUUCGACUCCCAACGGUGGCAGAAGGUGCUGAGUCGGCCUGUUGGUUGGUCAGUUUACUGAUGAGCAGAGGGAGGAUUAGUGGUUUUGAAGAGAGCCGGGCGAUUGAGUGGCAGCUCGUUUGUCUGCUUUGGCUGCAGCCCAGGAGAGAGCGGGCCUCUUUUUGUCUGUAGCUGAUCACACCACCGUUGCGGUGAACGUCCCUCGCUCGUUGUUAAUGCCAGCUUGUUUCGUUCCAUGUUCCAUACAUGUGUUAUCAGAGGAAGUCACAAACCGCUCCAGUGUUGUUUAUCAUCAAAAGCUGCAGGUCUUUCAGGAUUUACUCGUUCAUUUGAACUCGUGUCAGUCUUUUGGGUCCCGUUUGUUAUUUUUUAACAGAUAUUUUAUGGGAAAAUCUCUGCCUAUUUAUAAAUUCUUGCAAAAAUACCCAUGCCUCGCCACUAGGUGUUGAGAGCGACCCCCUUAACAAUUAAAAAGCUGCAUCUGAACUCGCAGUAGACCAGUACACACCAGGCUACUACAGGGUCAGUAAAGGUUUUGUUCACUGAGGAACCUUUUGUUGUUGUUGAAAUACGAUCUGUCAUAGAAAGGAAAUAGAAGGGAAAAGCAAUCAAGUCGGAAAAGGCCAAUCCCUUCCACGUCACGGGAAAUUGGUUUUCAUGUUCUGGUUUGUUUAUCUGUGGAGAUAAAACAUCAACAUUUCAUGUUUUACCCAAAGAAAAAAGCAAACAAAGGCAGCGGAAGAGUCGUGUUGCUGUUAGCCAAUCAGAAGUGAGACGUUUGCAUAUCAUAAAUAUGAAUAAAACUCCAAUUCCUGCUGUUUUCCACCUCCAACUAAUGUCUACUACCCCUGAAACAGGAGCACCAGACCUUUUUUUGCACACAAAACGACUCAUAAGGCAUUCAUACUAAAGACCGCAGCACAUUUAACGAGCCAGACGUUGAACCGUGUCCUUCAAACCCCAGAGGACCUCGGUCUUCUCAGUAGAUGGAGACGGCUUUGACCCUUCUUGUGCAGGGUGCAGACGCUGCAGAGAACCUUGCAGGAAGCAUCUGCAGAGCUGUGUGAACUCCUGUGCUGCCACCUGGUGGCAGGUGUUUCAACUGCAGGUAAACUUAGCUCUGCGUGAAGCACUGAGGACAUUUUUGAUCCCAGUUUUCCCGUUUCCUCCACGUCACUUCUGGCAAAAUGCACCAAAAAAUGUAUAUUAAUAUCAGAUGUUUAAACUUAAGAAUUUUAUUAUCUUGAUUCAUUUAAAUUGUUUUGACCAGGCAUUUAUUUUGCCUCAUCCAGUCUCUUCAUCAGCUCAUUAUGCUUCAUUUACUGAAUCCAAAAAGUCUUAGGCUUCCUUUUGAGUAAAACUUUAUGAAACAUUCCUCAUUUUUUCUUUAACAUUUCCCCCUUUUUCUUGUGAUUGUGAUGUUUUCUUUAAGUAAUAUUUUAGGUAGUGCUGCACAAUGUAUUGAAAAUAAAUCUCUAACAAAAAACUGAGCUGUUGCAUAUUAAUAUCGACACAACCUGCAUGCCCAAAAUAAAUAUUUGACCAUUUCAUGGACUUGCCCCCAGCCCUGCUCCCAAAUGCCAACUGCCGGCACAAGAACUUUGUUAUGAGCAUCAAAGUGAUUUUAGCACAGAACGCAUCAUUUUGUUUUAUAUUGUGCAGCCUUAAUUUUUGGAUAAACGUUCAGUUGUGAAAUUGUAUGUCGUCACAUUUAUAUCUGACUUCAUUUCCAUAUGUUAUGUUACUACUUCUGAAAAGUUAGCACAGGUCAACUGAACUUUGUUCUUACUAGCCUAUUUUUCUACUCAAAAGCUCAUCAUGGAGUGAGUCAUCGGAGUCAUUUUACACUACAGAGUAAAAAAUAACGUCGAAAAGCUGCUCAGGGAGAAUUCUGAACAUGGAUGCAUCCUCUAGCGAGCAGCUGUGAAGCUGUCUGAGCAUGCUAACGCUAACGUCGUCCACCCAGUGCUGUGGUUACGGCAGUACAGUCACUCAUCAGCAGUCUCCUCCAUGACGCCGAUGGCUUUCCUCGUGUCAGAUGUAGGGUUUUCAGAUCUCUAAAGUUUUCUUUGUGCAUCUCCAACACGUUCUGUGUCAUUUUUCUCCUCCUCGCGUCGUAACUCAGGGUUGUGCUGUUCCCUCUUUUCUGAUCUGACAGAAUUUAAACUGGAGUUGAGGUGAAGCAAAAGGUUUAAAAAUGUUGUUGAAUGUCGUGUUAAGUCUGAAUGACGAUUAAAGGUGGAUUAGGAGAUGUUUUUCAUGCUGUUUAAACAAGCUACUUUAUUUAAAAAAAACAUGAUUUUUAAGGUUCUGCCCCCUUUUCUCAGGCUCCUCCCCCCAGGAAUGCACAAUUCUUGUUCAGGAUGGUUCAGCUUUACGCAUAUGGCCCAUGGUUGGCACCAUCUCUGCCAUAAUUCUUAAUGUAGUGGACCUAUGUAACUACAAGAAUUUAGCAUGCUAGCUAAUAUAGUGUCUAUUAUAGUGAAAAAGAAGGAAGUUUUUGGCUUUCUUGUUUAAUUCCUAACUUCAAAAUUGCAACAGCUCAGUGCCACCAACAUUUUGGGAAUUCAUCCCGAACCUCCUCAGAUUCACUCUACGCUAUUGGAUGGCUCUCCACACACACACACGCGCUUAGCAGAGCUCUACCAGCCGUCAGAGGACAGGCUGCGUUCACAGUCAACAGGUCCAUCACCUAAAUGUUUCCCACCAAGAACAGAAACAGACUCUAAACAGAACAUUUUAAAAAACUCCUUCAAUAAAACUUGCAAACAGAACCGAACAUUCAGUGUGUUAAACUAGCUAGCCUGGCUCUGGGUUCACUUCCUGUUGAGUUCAUAGCGAUUGGAUGAGGGUUUUCCAGAACUGUAUUUUUCUGAGAUGACUACGAUGGUGGAUUUUUGGACAAAACAUUUAAUUUAUUGGUUGACAUCUUUAUGUGAAGAACAUUUCAAGCAACGGGCAGAAAACGUCUCCUACUCCACCUUUAACGUUUAAUGUUCGUUCUGCAGUGAUGCGUGAAUGCAGGGUUGAGGUGAUGAAAUGGAUUCUAUCCUAAUAACUCUGGAUGUGGUUGAGUUCUAAGCACUGAAAUAAAAAAAUAAAAAUCACUUGCUGGGAAUGAUCUUUACCAGUGAACCAGACUUGGUCUCCAGUGCCUUGUGAAAAAUCUAUUUGUGAAAUCAGCAAAACUCAGUUUGAAAGAUCGACGUUGGCAGGUUGUGUUUACAGAUUGUGCUGUAUUUAUAGUCUUUGUUGUUAUUGUUUUGUUUAGGGGUGGAUUAAAUCACAGAGUUGGUCAGAUCAUUAAAGUAAUAGAACUGAUGUUCAUUUAUUCCUGGAUUAAAGAUUAAACUCUCACCAUUCUGUUUAAAUCCAAAUCUUUGUAGAGUUAUUUAGUGUUUUAUAUUUUGAAGCAUUUCAUCAGUAAUUAAAUUGUUUAGUGUGUCUGUUGUAUCGUUUGAGCUUGAACCCUUUAAAUCAUAGACCUGCUUUAGGCUUGAACUUGUUUGCCGUGUCUGUUUUAUUUUUAUGGGGAUUUGGAGUUUAAACGUCACGGCCUGCUGUCCGAAUCACUCGGCAUCCCCAACUCAUCUAAAUGCAGCAUCUUAACAACCGUUAGCACUUCCUGCCCCACUUAUUUUUGAUAACAUUUAAAUUUUUCAUACACACACACAUAUAUCAGAUUUAUUGCAUCUAUCCUUUUUUCUAGAGUGACUUUUUUGAGAAAAUUUCCUAUCUGAAACCAGACUAAACUGUUUAAUGAAAAGAGAGAAGUUCUGUACUGUAGCUGUGAUUUGUGAAGUAAGAGAAUCCAUUAAAUCUUCAAUAAAUUUGGUUUAAUAGACAAUA